AAUAAAAAUACAACAGUGAUUAUUUUUCCAUACCAUAUAAAACGUAUACGUUUUUCUCCUCUCUCUUCAUGGUCACAAAUAAAAAUAUAAAUAUAAAUCAUAGCACUCUUAGCACCCACAAGCUUAAAUUUUGAAGGUCGUGCAAACACAUACAAGAAUAAAAAUUGCAACACGUCUAUUUAGAACUACCUUUUUGUUUUCAGCCACUACACUAUUGAAUUAAACAUCAUUUAUCACCAGUACAACCAUCGGCAGCAGAUUAGCAGAUUCAGCUUCAGCAUUAGCCUCUGUGCUUCGUGCAAGACAACCCAAAAGGUGGAGGCCGUUCUUUGUCUCCAACAUGUACGUUCAUUAACCUACCAUCUGCUAAAUCAAAUAUUUAUUAAUAACAUAAUUUCAGUGUCUUGUGAAUUUAAUUUCUAGAUCUCUAAACACGAGACCUAGACUCGGAACUUUGGAUCAAUUCCAUUUAAUUUGAUCGGCAAGCAAUGUCCAAGUACUCAAGUGCAUUUCAUCAAGAUCAAAUGGAGCUUCUUCAAGUGACCAAGUCUUUGUUCCCAUCGGAAGCUCGCUAGACUCCCGAGCUUCGAGUUUUGUUUGAUUGACGUUGACUGUCAGUGAGUGGAAAAAUAAAAAAAACAUCUUUGGCAAGUAUUCCUGCUGUUCUCUCACCCAACAAGUCACUGUCUAUUUUUACAACAGAGACCAGGAUCGAUAAAUUUUUGUGUGUAAAUUAACUUGAAAUAGACCCCAAGAUCUUCAGUCUUCUCUGCUGCGUAUUUAUAACGUAAAUAGAGCGAUGAAAGUGGCUAUUGAGGUUAACGAGUCGUUGGGCAAAGAACUUGACUGCUUCUUUUGUCAUUUUCACUGUUGUUAUCAUUGUCAGUGCAAUUAAAUUUAAUAAUUGCCGUUGUUCAUUUAAUUAUUGUCCAGCAUUCAGUGGAAAAAUUAGUGUGGUGGUUUUUAUUUUUAAAGAGUUAUUAAAUAAUCAAAACUGACAAGUUUGUACGGUGUUUAUCCAGUCACAAUGGAUGACGAAACGGAUGAUAUGAUGCCAUUGAUCAAUCGGAUUUAUUACAUGGCCAGAGAGGGUAUGUCAAUGGCGUUAUACGCGUUCCUGAGUGGUCUAGGUAAACAGCAAGUUGAUUCGAUUAUUAAUCAGAAAGUUCUAGAUGAAGAUGGACAAAAAAGUACUCCACUAAUAAUAGCAGCCCGUUAUGGUCACAACAGAGUUGUCAAAAUGUUUAUCGAAAAAUUUAAAAUGGAUAUUGAACAAGAAGGAACUGUUAAGUUUGACGGAUAUGUUAUUGAAGGAGCUAGUGCUCUUUGGUGUGCAGCAGGGGCGGGACAUCUCAAUAUCGUGAAGCUUCUCGUGAAAGCUGGGGCGGACGUGAACCAUCCGACACAUACCAACUCGACACCUUUGAGAGCAGCUUGUUUCGAUGGAAGACUUGAUAUUGUCAACUAUUUAAUUGAUCAUAAUGCGGAUAUUCACAUUGCUAAUAAGUACAAUAAUACUUGUCUGAUGAUUGCAGCUCACAAGGGACAUUUAGAUGUCGUGACAUUUUUACUCGAACACGGAGCAGAUCCUAAUGUUAAAGCUCUCUGUGGAGCAACAGCUUUGCAUUUUGCGGCAGAGUGGGGUCACGUUAGCGUAGUGACUGAAUUACUGAAGUUUGGAGCUAAGGUUACGAAGAAUGAGAAUGGAAUGACACCCCUGAUAGCUGCUGCCGAGCGUACGCGUGCUCAUAUUGUUGAAUGCUUUAUUGAGGAGAUGGAUAUUAGUCGGGAGGAUAAAAUAGAGGCCUUCGAAUUGCUCGGAGCAUCCUUUGCUAAUGAUAAAGAUAAUUAUUGUUUAUCUAGUGCUUAUAAAUAUCUUCACAAAGCCAUGGAAUUACGAUUCGAAGAUCCGUCUAAUAUUAUACGUAAAAAAUUAAAUGAACCCGUGUCGGCUUACGACAACUGGAGAGAGAGCGAGACUUUACAAAGACUGGAGAGUAUUAAGAAUGACGCCAACGCUAUUCACAUGGAAUCGCUGGCUAUUAGAGAGAGAAUAUUGGGCACUCAUAAUCCAGAAGUACCACAGCCGAUUAUUUAUAGAGGUGCUGUACUAGCUGAUAAUGCCAGAUUUGAUAGGUGUAUUGAUUUAUGGCUUCACGCUUUACAUUUGAGGCAGCAAAAUAAUACUUCUGUCGUCAAAGAUCUUUUACGGUUUGCACAAGUUUUCUCACAAAUGAUUCACGUAGGAGUCGACUUGCAAUUUCCUCAAGUAAUGAAUGUACUUGAAUCAAGUGUUAUUGAAUUGAGUCGGAAUCAAUUGAAGAUAAGUAAUCCCGAUGCUGAAGAUAUUGACCAGUAUCUUGAUGAAACAGAAUCUAACAUUACGUCAGCGUUGUACAUCCUGACAAUUCUUGUUAAAUUAAUGGCUUUAAACCAAAAAUCAUACGACGAAGAAGAUAUUAAAAAGGCUCAUUAUCUCGUUUACAAAUUAUGCGCAUUAAAAAUGACACUGCGCGAUGGCCAGACUCUGCUGCAUCUUGCAGUUAACGCUAAAACGCCAGUUGAUGAUUUUCAUACCAAUGACGUUUGCAAAUUCCCGUGUUGCGCUACAGCAAAAUUAUUAAUUCAAUGCGGCGCAGAUGUUAAUGCGAUGGAUAACGAGAGAAACACUCCAUUACAUGUGAUAGUCGCUUACGAGAAGCCUAUCAGCGACUUUUUGACCCUGCAUGGGAUUAUCGUGGAACUUGUCAACGCUGGAGCUCAUGUUGACACGGUAAAUAGCGAAGGAAAGACGCCUUAUGAUGCAGCAACUACAGGAGUAGCGGAAAUAGUAUUAAGAACCCAAACAAAAUUGUCGCUGAAAUGCAUGGCGGCAAAGGCUGUUAAAACCUACGGACUUUCUUACACUGGGUACGUUCCUCGUUCUCUGGAAAGUUUUAUUGAACUGCAUGGUCCUGGAUUGAAUCAAGGAUAAUAUAUAUGACUAUAAUUAUUGACUAAUUUGAUAAUAAUAACUAUUUUUAAUAUUUUAUGUAACACGUAAUUUGAUAAUCGAACGUUUUUCAUUAUUAUUA